AUGAAAUUCCAAGUUUUCCAUCUCUCUUCCACUCUUCAAACCACAGUCUUUUUCUUGCUGGUGCUGCUGGUCCAGCCUCCCAGAGGUCUAAUGCUGCCACACCAUCCCAUGGUUUACCUGCCUACACUGGACAACCCUGAGUGGGAGGCUGCACUGCUCCAGCUUCAGGCUUCACUGGGAGCUCCAGGCAGCCGAACAGCGGCCGAGCUCCAGCCCUGGGCUCUGACUGAGGAGCUGGGCCCAGAGGAGCUUCUGGAGAGAGCGAAGGCAGAGCUGGGAUGGGGACAGAGGAGCACAGUGAAGGGCCAGAAGAGAGAGGAGCUGGGACGCAGACCAGUGGGGACAUUCCCAGAAAACCAUAUAGUGGCUGUACCGUAUCCACAGGGGGGAGAGGUGGAGGAGGAGGACGGUGGAGAGAAGAGGAAUGAGGCUCUCACUUCCAUUGCAGGAGGUUUGCAAGCCUUCAACAGACAGAAAGGAGGAUUUGGCUUUCGAUUUGGCAGAAAGUGAAGGGGAAGGUGUGUGUGUGUGUGUGUGUGUGGAUUAUGUACGUAGCUAUACUUUGGAGACAAAUGUGUCCCUAAAAGUGAACUAAAUCUAAAUAUUUGAAAAUGUCUUUGAGAAUUAUGGUGUGGAGAUAACAGAAAUAAUGUUUAUUUCAAAAUGCAGAUUAUAUGACAUUUAUU